CCUUCUGAAGUACAGCAUGUCCUUACCCAAAAGCAGGGCAUCCUUUGCAGAACAUGAACCCUCAACUUCUAUUGAGGAAAGAUCAGUGCCCAUAAGCCAUAGAUUUAGUAUUAGCAGAGGAGGAAGCCUCUUAAGACCAUCUGCUGCUUACAUAGGUAUUGUACCUAUGGAAAGUGUCAGCAGCCUGGGCACACGGAUAUCCCGCAGAGCUCUGGGGAUAAGCAGUGUUUUCUUACAAGGUCUUCAUAGUUCUUGUACAACCAUACCGCUAUUCCAAGGAUUGGAAAAAGAACGAAGCCUAUCUUAUGAAAAUAUGAACAGAUGCUUGGUGGAUUACAUUGAAAAGGUGAAAACUUUGGAGCAAGUCAACCAGGAACUUGAAGGACAUAUCCGUGCUUACCUGAAUAAGAAAUCUUCCACUGACAGUAAAUGGGGAUCUCUAAGGGAGAGCUGGGCAACCAUUUAUCAUCAAGUAGGGGAUGCAGUUCUGGAAAAUGCCCGCCUCAUGUUGCAAACAGAAAGUAUUCAAGCAUGUGCUGAAGAUGUUAAAGACAGGUAUGAAAAUGAGCAACCAUUUCGAAAGGCAGUAGAAGAUGAAAUUAAUUCUCUCUAUAAAGUAAUUGAUCAUGCUAAUUUGACUAAAGUAGACUUGGAGAGUCAGAUAGAAAACAUGAAGAAAGAACUAGCUUUGCUGUCAAAAAAUCAUGAAGAGGAUAUCAAAAUUCUUUACAAACAGCUUGCUUUAUCACCACUGGAAGAAUCAGAAAUCCCCAUUGAAAUUAGCCUGGAUGACAUUUUGAAGAAAAUCCAGAUUCAAUGGGAGAAAAAUAUUGAACAAAACUAUGCUGAGACUGGUAUCUUGCUCCAUGCUAAGCAAUUCACAGAAACAGUGCCUGCUGUACAAACACAAGAGGCAGAGUUGGCUGAAUCCCUAAGGGCAGAGUUUCAUGAAACAGCCUGCAAAAUUCAAAGCCUGCAAAUAGAGACUGAAUCUCUGAAAACACUGAAGAGAGGCUUAGAAAAUUCUCUUUAUGAUGUCAAGCAUUGGCAUGACAUAGAGCUUCAGAAUUUAGGCUCUGUCAUUGCCAAACUGGAAGCAGAAGUAAGAGAAAUCCAAGGAGAAACUGAGCAGCAGCAAAGAAAUCAUGAAACUCUACUUUCCAUUAAAACACAACUCGAGUCAGACAUUGCUGCGUAUCACUGCCUUCUAGAGACAGAAAGCAGGUAUUCGUUUUCAUGAGUGAGAAUUGU